AGAAAAAGGACAAACAAAUAAAUAAAUAAUUAUUUUCAUUUACAUUUGAAACUUACGUAAAUGUCUAUGUAUAUAUCAAGUGUUAGAUACGCAUGAGAUUUUGAGAUAAGUGAUAGGAAAAAAAGAGAAACAAAACCAAAAAAAAAAAAAAGAAAAAAAAGAAGAAAAAAAAAAGAAAGAAAGAGAAAAAAAUUACAUACAUACAUAUACGGAUAUCUAGAUCGUUCAUUGAUAUUUAGAAAACAAUUUUCAAUUCGAAAAUAUUCAUUGCAAUUGUUAAAUAAACGUAUUACCGUGUAUUCCUAUGGUUUCGUCUCAAUUUUGAUGGUGUUCCUGAUAUAUGGGUAUUUUUUUUCUCUUUCUCUCUCUUUCUUUCCUUCUCCCCCUCUCUCUCUCUCUCUCUAUCUCUAUCUCCUUUUUGCCAAAUCGCAACGAUUCACGAGAAUAAGAUAUUAUCGUUAUCGUAUCAUAUAAUAUAGAUAACGUACUGAGAACGCCGUUGCAGCGUCUACACAGUCAUUAAUUUCUCGCAUUACCGUCUCUGAUUUCUUAUUGUUCGUCGUGUGUGCGUGUGUGUGUAUGUGUGUGUACGUGUCGUUAAUGUAUAUGUGUACCUUCAUGAUGGUGGUAUAUUACCACGUGUAAACUUAUGUGAUAAAAAGAACGUCAAUUUAUUUUUUUCGCGCGUAUGACGUCAACGACUAACGACAACGAAGAACGAACAACGCGAUUUAUGAUUUGAACGAUAAGAAAGAGAGGAAGAAGAAAAAAAAGGAAAAAAAAAAAAAAAAGAAUUGAAGAAACAGACAUCAUAGAUAUAUCGAUAUAUCACAUAGGACGUACAGAUAUACAUACAAACAUUGUAGUUACCAAGGUGCGCAAGUGUAUCACGUAUUUGUACCUUAAAUCAGUUCUAUUAGAAACUAUCAUCUCGUUAAGAUAUGAUGUAUUACUCGGCACAUAUCACGUUGACAAUAAUAUUAAUGCUGACGUGUAUAAUCGUCAAGUGUUACGUCAUUGAAGAAACGGAACUUUUGAGAUUGUGCGUGCCGCAAAAUUCCUGCGAGAGUUGCCUGGAGGUUAACGAUGCCUGUGCCUGGUGCAGCGAUUGGUCUUAUACGAAUUCUACUAUUGGCAAACCGAGAUGUAAUUUGCUAAAACGAUUGAAAGAAUUUGGUUGUCCAAUGACGGAAAUAAGAAAAGCUCCAAGUGGAUACGUCGAGUAUAUUUUGAACGAAGAUUUUCAAGAUGUAUCGUCGGAUCAUUUGCCGGUACAACUUAAGCCUCAAAGGGUCCACGUCAAGUUACGACCAAAUUCAAAAAUGGAAAUGAACCUUCAGUAUCGACCGGCUAAAAAUUAUCCUUUGGAUUUGUACUAUUUAAUGGAUUUAACAUGGUCGAUGAAGGACGACAAGGAUACCCUAGUUGGUUUGAGUCGAAAAAUGACGGACACCUUGGGAACAUUUACUGACAAUUUUCGUCUUGGAUUUGGUAGUUACGCCGAUAAGCCAUUGAUGCCAUUUAUAUUUCCAGGACAUGAAAAUAAUCCUUGUAGAAGCGAGUACGCUACAUGCGCACCACUUUAUUCAUUUAAACAUCAUCUUCCAUUGACAGGAGAUGUCGAUCAAUUCGUACGUAAGGUAAACAACAGCGACGUCACAGGUAACGUGGAUAAUUUGGAAGGUGGCCUUGACGGUGUAAUUCAAGCUAUAGUUUGCGAGGACGUUAUUGGCUGGGGACAUCAAGCAAGAAAAUUAAUGCUUCUUGCUACCGAUGGAUAUUUACAUUUUGCCGGGGAAGGAAAGUUAGGAGGAGCCGUAAAUCGGCAGGACUUUAAAUGUCAUUUAGAUAAAAAUGGUCAAUAUUCUCUUGCUAAGGAAUACGAUUAUCCGUCGUUAGCUGAAAUAUCGAGAUUACUUCACGAUCAUAAAGUCAAUUUGAUAUUUGCAGUUACGGAGGAUCGCCGUGAAGAAUACGAAUUGAUAUCCGAUUUAUUAAAAGAGAAAGCUAGAGUUGCUACUCUAGCGGCUAACAGUUCUAAUAUAUUAGAAAUCAUCGAAAGUUCUUAUCAUGAAAUAAUUUCGAAAUUGGUUUUACGCGAUAACUCAACCAAUCCAUUAAAGUUAGAAUAUUUUUCGAAUUGCGGAAGGAACGAUUCUCUUAUCGUAAACAAAGCCGAAUGUAAUGGCAUUCAGGAAGGUCAGGUUUACGAGUUCAAGGUCGUCUUUUCGAUGGAAUCAUGUCCAAGGAAUGAAAGCCUUUGGAAACAAACAGUGGUAAUAGACGACGCGUUGGCGUCAGAGGCAUCUGAAAUAAUCGUCGAGGUGGAACUGUUGUGCGGUUGCAAUUGCAAAGAACAGAAGAGUUCGCAUUGUAAAAAUGGCGUUAACGAAUGCGGUAUAUGCAAAUGCGAUUCUGGAUGGUCUGGAGAGACCUGCGAUUGCGACGAAAGUUCGUGGCUCGUUAAUCGUUUACAAUGCAUUGAAUUUGACGGAACAAACGAUGCUUGUUCAGGAAGGGGUGAAUGCAUUUGCGGUAGAUGCAGUUGCGACCUUGGUUACAAAGGACAGUACUGCGAAUGUUCCCCUUGCGACAAGACUGACGGUAUAGAAUGCGGUGGACGUGGUACUUGUGAAUGCGGUAUAUGCAAUUGCAUUGACGGUUGGAAAGGAGAUGGUUGUCAGUGUCCUUCGGACAAUAAUCUGUGCAUAGCACCAGGAAGCGAUGAAAUUUGUGGUAAUCAUGGUUAUUGCGAUUGUGGACAUUGUAGAUGCAAUACAACAGCACCCGAUGGCCUAUAUUAUCGUGGAACAUUUUGCGAAUCAUCAGCGAGCUCUGGCGGUAGCGAUCUUUGCGUUCUUUAUAAUUCUUGUGUUAAUGCCACCGUAGAGAUUUCACAAGAUGCUGAAGAACUGUGUCAUACCAAUACAAGUUUCUAUCAAAUUCAAAGAGUGGAUAGUGUCGAUACAGGAAACGAACAUUAUUGCUUCAUUAGAACUGUCAAGGAUAGAACAACAUGUAUUAUUCCUUACAUUUAUCAUUUCAACAAGGAUAACACGGUGACAUUAAUGAUCGCUGAUAAGUCUUGUCGUACGUCCUUACACGUGGCUUUGAUACCGGGAAUUAUAUUUCUCGCAAUAAUGAUCAUGGGCAUUGUUGGUUUAUGCAUAUGGAAAUGUUGGAUUGCGAUACAGGAUAAAAGGGAAUACGUUAAAUUCGAACAGGAAAGGCAAAGGACGGUAUAUUGUUUGGAUGAAAAUCCAUUAUUUAAACCAGCGACGACACGAUUCAACGUACCACCGUUGUUCAAUGAGAAUUCAUAAUUGAAUUUUUAAUGAAUGAAAGAAUGAAUGAUCGAAAGGAAAUUUUUUUUUUUAUUAUAAAAUAAGUCGAAUCAAUUGAGAUUAUUUAUUUGAAGGAUUGUCAACAACUAAGUCGACAUUCUGGAUAAAUUUGGAUAACGAUGGUUGCUCGUGAACAUUAUCGGACGACGUUUCUCGACAUGUUUCAAUCCAAAAAUGAUUGCUAGGCAUAAAGUAUAUUGACUGGAAUUACGAAACAAAAAACAAAAGGGGAAAAAAAAACAAAAAAAAUAAAAGAAAA